AUGAACGGUGGUGGCUCAAAGGACUCCAAUAGAUUGGCAACACUCGAAGCUGAGAAUGAGAAGCUAAAGCAAAUGUUGAACAAGGUUGGCAACCUUAACCUACUGGAUGAGAUAUCCAGACUUGAACAAGCCAAUAAAGAACUAAAUGAAAUGUUGGCCACAGAGAUUGCAAAGAACAAGGCUUUGGCCAAUGGUUCACCAACAUCGGAGCACCCAGCAAAUGGAGCCAUCAGCAAGUCUGCUGUUGCACCACAAAUCAGAUCCGUAAGCGUUCCAAACAAGAUAACAGAGAUUGAGAAAUCAAGUAAACGAACAUAUGUGGCAUAUGUCAUUCAAAUUGAACUAGAGAACAAUAAGACAUACACAGUGACAAGAAGAUACAAACAGUUUGUAAUCCUAAACACAAUGUUCAUUAGGACGUUUGGAGAACAUGGUAUGCCAUCACUGCCACAGAAAAAGAAUGGCUUCUACUUCUCAUCGGAGGAUCACACCGAGAAGCGUAGGACUGGACUGCAAGAUUACCUGCAGUCGGUUCUGAGCACCAGUGGACUCAACCAAUCCAUCCAUCUGUACCAAUUCCUCAAGGAAGACACUCCCAUGGCCUCGGAUUCACAGCAUCAUUGA